AGCAAGCUACCGUUGUUGAGCAGCUGAUUUCCAUAACCAGGAAUGCUGGGAUAAAGGCUGGUGGAGAAGCAUGGACAUGUGCUUGGGCUCCAGAUAACUCGUACUUUGCAUGGUCAAGUGGUCACCACAUAUUGCAUUUAAUACCUUUCGACUGUAAGAAAGGAAAACAGCACAGCAAAGGUGACAGUGAAGGAUUAAAGAAUCGAAAGUUUCAUGUUAUUGAUUGUGGUGAAAACAUCUGGUCUGUUGCAUUUGGAUCAGGCUUCUCUCACAGAGAGUCCAGCUGCAAUGUUUACAGACACUGUCACUUUGAUGAAGACCUGAUUGUUGCUACUGGCUUGGCAAAUGGCAGAAUCAAGUUGUGGAAUUGUUUCACAGGUUCUUUAAUAAUUGAUCUUCUAGAUCAUCGGGAUACAGUCAGAUGUUUAGAUUUUACUAGAGAUGGCACAUUGCAGCUACUUUCUGCAUCUCUUGAUGGCUCGCUCAAAUGGUGGGAUUUACCCAAUGAAGGAAACUUAUACAGUACUUUUAAAUCUCUGACAUCCAAACUUUGUGGGUGUCGCUUUGCACCAAAUGGUAACUUCAUUGCUGCUGUUGGGAGUAACAAAACGGUAUACCUGUGGACUAAUGCCAAACUGAACACUCACCCAUAUAAACUGGAAGGACACUGCAACGAUGUAGUUGGCUGUGACUUUAGCCCUGAUUCAGCUCUACUAAUAACUGCAGCAUUCGAUACCAAAGUCAUUGUUUGGGACACUUAUACUCUGCAAAAAAUCUGGACUUUUGGACAUAUGCAUCCAAGCCCGAGGCUGAUAUUUGCUGGUGGUGCAAAUGAUCAUUAUGUUCGCGGCGUUACCUUCUGCAGAAAUGGCUCCACCAUUGCAUCUGUCUGUGAUGAUGGGUAUGUACGAUUUUGGAACACUGAGGACCUUGGCGAUCCAGUUGUCAUAAAACAUGUUCCUGAGCCUUUGUCGUGUCAGUUUUCUCCAAAUGGAAGUGUUCUUGCUGUUGGAUUGCGAUGUGGAGAUGUCAUAUUUCUUUCAGCAUCACAGACUGCUCCUAGUCUUUUACAGCUUUCCAGACAAGUUAUUCGUAAGCAGACAAAUCCAGAAAACAUUACCAGUCUUCAGAUUCCCAAAGUGUUGAUUGAUUAUCUCAGUUAUUAUGAUUUUCCUCAGCGCAGUUUAGCUUGA